AUGUCACAAACAACCCACGUCAACGGUUCUGGACCACCGGGACCAAACCAAGAGCCAUCGCCCAUCCCGUCGUUUUCUGGAGAUGCAAACGACAUCUCCCGGGCCUCGGGAAUUAUCCGUGGCCAUCAGGCAAUUCUCCAACUCCUGCGCUACGUGGAGGAGAGCCUGCCAGCUCUCCAACAGGCAACUAUUGCCCUGAAUGGCUCCGAUGCUGCGAUGGCAGAACCUGAAGCGAUACACUUCGAUAUCCGGCUUCGAAUUGAUCGCAUCGAAACGCUGCCCCCGGGAUCCAACGGGGGUACAUUCCCAAUUUCCUCAUUUGCGGGAGACCCCGACGACAUUGGACGAGCCCUCGAAAUUAUCCGCGGAGAGCAGGGCAUUCUGCAACUCCUCCUGUACGUGGAGGGGAAGUUCCAAACCCUCCAACAGGGGAGAAUCGCCUACGACGGCUCGCACGCCGCAACGGCGGAGCUAGAAGCCAUCCGAUUUGAAAUCCGGGCUCGACUUCGUCGAAUUGACAACCUUCUAGAGCAGUUCGAAUCGGAACUUUAA